ACUUGCCACCACUGACCAAGCCUCCUCCCGCGCGCGCUCCGCGUCUGGAACCCCGAUGGCGAGAGCGACCGCGCCGUCCCGGAGGCCGCCGAGCGCCGUGGCAUCGGCGGCACCCUCGCCGCCCGCCGCGCGCGUCCCGCUCCCGCAGCGCCGCGCCAGCCUCGCCUCCGGCGGCGUCCGCUCGCACCCGAAGGGCGCGCCCCCGUCCGCGCUGCCCGCCGCCGCGCCGCCCCGGCGGCGGGCCCCGUCGUGCGCGUGCUCCCCCACCACGCACCCGGGCUCCUUCCGCUGCGCCCUGCACCGGGGGCACGCCGCCCCGCCGCCCGUGUCGAGCAGGCUGAGCGCGCCGCGGCGCGCGUCGAUGGCGAACCCGCUGGUGCGCAUCGCGGCGGUGGAGGGCGGCGACCAGAUCAGGCGCGCGCUCGCGUCGCUCCCCCGCCCGCCGCCGUCCUCGCAGCAGCAGCAGCACCGCCGCCGCGCCGGCGCCUUCCGCCCGCGGCCCAGCCGCCUCUCCGCCGCGUCCUCCGCGGCCGACGACGAGGACAAGCCGUCGCCCCGCCCUGAAGAGUGAAGCGUUCCCGAACCCACCCCUCGCUGCAUCCUCGCCGCGACAGCUUUGCUAUCCCACUCCACGUGUCGAUUCCGUUCCUUCAAUUCGUUUUUCCUUCCUCCGUCCUCGCCGUCGCCGGCCGGCGUUUCGCAAUGUAGUAACCGUAGCAGAGUCCUCUCAUCCCUCUGAAGGGAGGAACUGCUUGUAACUGUACAUUAAUUACCGCACGGACGCCAUUGAUGCGCCAGUUUUGCCCAGUUCAAUUUCGCUUUCCAAGCAACGCAGCUGAGAAUUCAAUCA